UGCUGCCGGCUCCCUACGUCCUCCAGGAGGUGCAGGUCGGCAUCAUAAACACCACCAUGUGCAACUACCUCUACAAACAGCCUGCUUUCCGCCUUGACAUCUGGGGAGACAUGGUCUGUGCCGGCGAUGCUGAAGGUGGCAAGGAUGCCUGCUUCGGUGACUCGGGUGGACCCUUGGCCUGCGAGGAGAGAGGCCUGUGGAUUCAGGUUGGAAUCGUGAGCUGGGGAGUGGGCUGUGGGAGGCCCAACCGGCCCGGGGUCUACACUGACGUCAGUAGGCAUUUCCGCUGGAUCCGGACACUGAUGGCCCGUGGCACACCCAAGCCGGACCCAACGCAGCUGCUGCUGCCCCUCGCUCUGCUCUGGGCUACCCCACUCCUGUACCCGGCCUGAGCCCAACAGAGCCUCUGAGAGUCGGGGCCAUCUGCUGGGUCAGGCCCAGUCCCCUUCCGUCCCCUUCCUA